CUGGCUGCUCACCGAGCGAAUUCACUGAAAGACGCGGCCAGGCGAUGACCCCAGGGGCGCUGCUGCUGCUGCUGGGGGCGCUGGGGAUGCCACUCGCCCCGGGCGCCCGCGGCUCGGAAGCAGAGGGCCGGCUCCGGGAAAAGCUUUUCUCGGGCUAUGACAGCUCGGUGAGGCCGGCGCGGGAGGUGGGAGACCGCGUCGGGGUCAGCAUUGGUCUCAGUCUGGCGCAGCUCAUCAGCCUGAACGAGAAGGAUGAGGAGAUGAGCACAAAGGUGUACCUAGACUUGGAGUGGAAAGACUACAGGCUGAGCUGGGACCCCACAGAGCACGAAGACAUCGAUUCCCUGCGCAUCACCGCCGAAUCUGUGUGGCUUCCGGACGUGGUGCUCCUGAACAACAAUGAUGGAAAUUUUGACGUCGCGCUGGACAUUAACGUCGUGGUGUCCUCUGACGGCUCCGUGCGCUGGCAGCCCCCGGGCAUCUAUCGUAGCAGUUGCAGCAUUCAGGUCACCUACUUCCCCUUCGACUGGCAGAACUGCACCAUGGUGUUCAGCUCCUAUAGCUAUGACAGCUCAGAGGUCAGCCUGCAGACUGGCUUGGGUCCUGAUGGGCAGGAGAGGCAGGAAGUGCACAUUCAUGAAGGGACCUUCAUUGAGAAUGGCCAAUGGGAGAUUAUCCACAAACCUUCUCGGCUAGUCCAGCCUCCAGUGAGUCCUAGGGGUGGUGGGGAAGGACGGCAUCAUCAAGAAGUCAUCUUCUACCUCAUCAUUCGCCGGAAGCCUCUCUUCUACCUCGUCAACGUUAUUGCCCCAUGCAUCCUCAUCACUCUCCUGGCCAUCUUUGUCUUCUACCUUCCACCAGAUGCAGGAGAGAAGAUGGGGCUCUCCAUAUUUGCCCUGCUGACCCUUACUGUGUUCCUGCUGCUGCUGGCAGACAAAGUUCCUGAGACAUCCCUAUCGGUCCCCAUCAUUAUCAAGUACCUCAUGUUUACCAUGGUGCUCGUCACUUUCUCAGUCAUCCUUAGUGUUGUAGUCCUCAACCUGCACCACCGCUCACCCCACACCCACCAAAUGCCCCUUUGGGUCCGUCAGAUCUUUAUCCACAAGCUCCCUCUGUACCUGGGUCUGAAGAGGCCCAAACCUGAGAGAGACCAGAUGAUGGAGCCACCUCCUCUAGCUCUCAGGGAUUCGCCAGGAAGUGGCUGGGGCCGGGGAACAGAUGAAUAUUUCAUCCGGAAACCACCGAGUGAUUUUCUCUUCUCCAAAACCAACAGGUUCCAGCCUGAACUCUCUGCCCCAGACCUGAGGCGAUUUUUCGACGGUCCAAACCGGGCUGUGGGCCUGCCUCCUGAGCUACGGGAGGUCGUUUCCUCCAUCGGCUACAUCGCUCGACAGUUGCAGGAACAGGAGGAUCUCGACGCGCUGAAGGAAGACUGGCAGUUUGUGGCGAUGGUAGUGGACCGCCUCUUCCUGUGGACCUUCAUUAUCUUCACCAGCGUUGGGACCCUAGUCAUCUUCCUGGAUGCAACAUACCACUUGCCCCCUGCUGACCCCUUUCCCUGAGUGCUAACGAGAGAGAGAGAGAGAGAGAGAGAGAGAGAGAGAGAGAGAGAGAGAGAGAGAGAGAGAGAGAGAGACCCACGCCCUCGGUCAGUUGAAUGGAGAGUGCGGCAGUACUCUCAAGUUCUACUCCUUUCUGCCUCACCUCCUUCACUAGGAAUCCCUUCCUCUCGGCAUUGCCUUUCAGGGAGGGAGUGGAAGUGAAGGUCUUGGGCCCUCCUGAAAUACACUACUAGCUUAUUUACUCUUUGGCUUUUUGAAGACCCUCUUUUAGAUAGCAGCGCUUAGAUCCCCAAUGAAAUGGAACAAAGAACAAGAACUAAGCCUUAGAAGGGCAUGAACUGUGUCAUUCAUGUUCACUGUAAUAUCACUGGCCCCUGCCAUAGGCCCUUAACUAGAGAUGUUUAUCAUUAGUUGAAUCAUAGGGCAAAAAAAAAUUUUUUUUUCUGGAAGAAAAUACACCAAUUAAUAGUGCUUAUAUUUGCAUGUUGGGACUAGUGAUUUUUUUUCCUCCUUUUUUACCUCUCUGUAAUUUAUGAUGUUUUGUGAUGAGUAUUAUUAUAGGAUAAAAAAGGUCAUUUCUAAAAGGAUGUAUUUGUAAUGAGGGAGGAAAAAAGCACAUUUAAAAAACCUCCAUUCAAGUUCCAGCGUUGGUGCUUGUCACCAAAGUGACUUUGGGCAAGUCACUAAACUGCUCUGUGCCUAAGUUUCCACAUCUGUAAAAUGAAGCUACUGCGUAUCUUCUCCAUAGUCCAAGGAUCAUGUGAGAAUAUGGGAAAAGUGCUAUGCAGUUUAUAUCAAAAUUUGCAAAUUUGUACUUUUUGACAAGUUGUUGGCUUGCAGUUUUUUCAAUUUGAAUUAGUUCACUAUUUUUAAAAAUUGGGUAUUUCACAGUGAAAUCUGGAUUUCUGACUUUUCUCAAUAAAUUCCAAAAACUACAGCAACACUGGAUCUGAUUCCCCGUUGGCAGUACACCACUAGUGCUGAUCAGUGGCUGCCCACUCUGGUCAAGGUAUUUAUGCCAGAAUUUCUCUAAGCUCCCACCCACCUGACAUUUUAUCUGCCCAUCCAUAACACUAGAAAAAGUACAAGGGAGAAGAGGGGGCCAGGUGUUGAAACCAAAGAGGAGGCUGGGAAUAGAAAAAGAAAAGUCACUGUGUCCACUCUGGCUAUCACACAUUUUACUACUCAGUUUCCUUUCAGUUUGAAGAAAAGGUUGCACUUGGUUUAAAGCAGGGUCUUUCUGGGACAGAGAUCUUGUGCCCAGCAGCCUAUGUGGAAUGGACUGAGUUAAUGUUUCUGCCUGGAGGUCACACUAAAGUCAGCUUGAGCCCAAUGGCUGCAGCAAUUAAUGUGAAGUAGCAUUAACCAGGUCUCACACCUACUCAAUUUUUAGAAGUAGUUGUCCUAAGAGGGAGAAUAGGCCUACAAUCCCAGGAAUCCCUGUGGGACAAGGUUAGCAUGUCCCUGGUAAGCCAGACCCACAAGCCACGCAAAUAAUUGCACCUGGCAUCCCACUGUGGAGCACGGUUCGUUUGUCUUGUUGGUUUAUUGGCCUAGAGUUGGACACACACACAAAUGCUGAGAUAAAUAUUGGUCAGUUUCUCUAAAUCUGGGUCCUCACUACAUAUAGAGCUAGAGUCUGUAGAAUUCUAAAUCUUGCGUGCUGUGGCACAGAACCAGUGGCCUUCCCACUCCACCCUCACCCUUCUUCCCAGGGAACAUGGGGAAAGCGGGCACUAACUGACAAGACUUGCUAGUUUUCCAAAGACAAAAUUGCAAAAACCCCAAAUUUCUAACAUCUGAAAUCCACAAUAUUCAAGUCCCCCAGUUCAAAUACAUAUAUUUUAAUCUCCAUUUUUGCCACAAUCUCAUUUGUUGCCCAGAACCACCAAAUUCCAGAAACUAUUUUCCUAAAUCAUAUUUUCAAAAAAAUAAAUGUCUACAAUCUCAGUUCUCCCAAAAUGUCCAUGGUUUUGGAAUUUUUACCUGUUCUGAAAUUCAAAUCCCCCACUCCAUCCUCAACGCCUUCCAUCUUCUGUGCAAGUUUGCCUCAGAUGAGUGCAAGGUAAGGAUAUAAGUGGACUCUCACCAAUUCUGCCCCCUGCCCUCGGUCUCUCUUGUGGUUCCGCUGUGUAUAUAUAUAUAUAAUUUGUGUGUAGAUAUAUAUAUGUAUUCUUUAUUAUGUAUUUUUUUCGCAGUUUUUCUAAAGUGCCAGAAACAAGAUUUGUGGGAAUUUUUUUGUGAUUUUUUUUUUUGCAUUUCCCCCGUUUUAAACUUUUCCCCCUUAAAAAUUGGAACUUGGUACAUUCAGUAGGAAACUCUUCACUCGGACUGUGGCCAAGACCAAGAAAAGUGCAAAGAGACAGAGGAGGAGUGAAGGAGCAACACUCCUCCGUGGUUAACAUUCAGGGAGUCUGUCAAAAACCUCCCCCUUCCUAUAUGCUGGGAGGCUAA